AUUAAUUACAAUUUGUUUUUUUUCUUACUUUUUCUGGUACAAUAUAUCAAUUUUAACCACAGCCAAUCAGAGCCUGGUUCAUCGUCUUCUCGAUAAAAUAGAUCUGCUCACCAUUUUCUCCGCCAUAGCUAAAAGGGGGAGCUUUGAAAUCGGACGAGAAAGAAGAAGAAGAUGAACGCAAACCGAGCAGAAGCCGAACGGCUUCUCGGAAUCGCAGAGAAGCUUCUAGAGUCACGAGAUCUGAGCGGUUCAAAAGAGUUUGCAAUCUUAGCUCAAGAGACAGAGCCACUCCUCGAAGGCACCGAUCAAAUACUCGCCGUCGUCGAUGUCUUGCUCUCAUCUGCGCCAGAGAACCUCGUCAAAAACCAACCAAACUGGUACAAAAUCCUCCAGAUCGAAGAUCCAGAGGAGUCUUCAACAGACAACGAUCUUAUAAAGAAACAAUACCGUCGCCUCGCUCUUCUCCUCCACCCUGACAAAAACCGUUUCCCUUUCGCCGAUCAAGCUUUCAGAUUCGUGCUCGAUGCAUGGGAGGUUCUAUCAACUGCUUCGAAGAAAUCUCAAUUCGAUCGGGAUUUGAAUCUCAUCUUCACCAAAGUAGAUCUCAAUGGUCAAAGAGCGAGUCAGAGUCAGAGGAAGAAGACAACAAAUGAGAAGAUGGCUACGUUUUGGACGGCGUGUCCUUACUGUUACAGUCUUCAUGAGUAUCCUAGGGUUUAUCAAGAGUACUGUAUCAGAUGCCAAAACUGUCAAAGAGCGUUUCACGCUGCGAGUAUUCCUCAGCUGCCUCCAUUGAUCCCUGGGAAAGAUGAGUAUUAUUGUUGUUGGGGGUUUUUUCCGAUGGGAUUUAUCGGUGGUAAAGGAGGAGAAGCAGCCAUUGCUAACGGAGUAGAUGCAGCCAAAUUCCCAAAUUGGAUGCCUCCUGUUUUCUCAUCCGGUCCUAAUGUUAACGGUACGCCAGAACCUGGUGCUCAUCCUUCGUCUUCGCAUAGUGUUCAGGUUAGCUUUGAUGGAUGGUCAGGUGGUACGGGGAAGAGAGAUAAUGAAGCGAUGAGGAGUAGUAACGUUGGAGUUAAUUCAGAUGGAACGCCGAAGAAGAGAGGAAGAGGAAGGCCGAAGAAGAAUCCGGUUCUGUGAGAAUCUCUUGUUAAAUUCCGGUGGUGAUGGUAAAAAUAUGGAGAUAAAAAGUUUUAAAGGUUUGCGUGCGAAACCUAACUCCUGAAAUUGGCAAGUACAUGAACUAGACUAUAGCAUAUUUUGUAAUUUGUAUAUAUAUUUUCAUACGUAAACAAACGUUGUAAGUUUUGAUAGUAUGAACAAGUAAUCAUGGACUCAUACUAAAAUGUAGGUGUGGUAGUUUCUUAUCUUCAACACUUCAUUACAAACA